AUGCCGUCACGCCGGUUGCCGCUCGCGCUCUUGCUGCUGCCGCUCGUAUUGGGGCAGCAGUGCACUCACUACUCUCGAGACGAUCUGGUCGCUCGCCUGGAAUCACGAGUGUCCAAGUGUCUGGGUCCGAGUGCCUCAUCCACCGCCAUCUCGACGCUGACUGAGCGCUUUGUGGCCAACGAUUACGAUCGCCACGAGCCACUGGCACUUGUGCUGUUCUCCACGUCUAGCGAUCUGCUGCACCCUCUGGCUGGUGCUGUCGCCUCGUCGCUCUUCGGCGCUUCUCGAUCAGUAGACACGGUGCAACUUGUCGACUUUCAGACGCUCCUGGAGCCCUUGCGGGAAAGUAAUUACGACAUGAAACAGACGCUUCGAUCUGCUCUCGCCACGCCUCUUAGUGCCUGUCCCCAGCGCAGUCUUUUCGUCUUUGACAAUCUACAGGCACUAGAUGAAGAUGCUUUACCCGUCUUGGACGUCUUCCUUGACCCUUUGAACGGCAAGCGCGCUCAGUUCCAGCACUACGUCGAGAACGAGGCCAGCCAAGUCUUUGACUGCUCGAACUCCGUGUUCCUCUUUCUGUACAAAGUUGCGGAAAUCGAGUUCAUUUCUGAGGAAACAAGCACUCUUUCAGGGUCAAUUGGCGAUUGGCAAGAGUACCUGAUGCAGCAAUGGACACGAUCAGGAGGGGAAGUGGCAGCGUUCACACCCCAGGCCUUCAUCGGCAGAUUGACAGAUGCCGUGAUGGUGUUGCCACCCGAAGAUGAUUACAUGGAUAACACAUUCAAGGAGUUCAAGCAAAGUCGUGAGUGGCGUCGAAUGUGCGAGCUGCAGAUUAAUGAGGCGGAUCGAGAGGAAGCUGAGGGUGGACCAUCGACAAGGGCUUCUGCAUUAGGCGUCGUCGCCGAUAACGUUGCUUCUGCAGCUCCCAUGCUCCCUGGUGCAAUCGCAAUAAUCUUAAUACCAGCUUAUCUGCUACUGCUCACACGCGUAAAGCGCUGGAAUAGGGGAACAGCAGAGGUACGGAAGCGAGCCGGCUCCCAUCGACGCAGCAGUACAAGUAGCAAUGCUCGGCGGAAGAAGCGAAAGAUGCGCAAGUGA